AGAAGAAGAAGUAACGUUAGCGGACUAACAGCCAGCAUGGCGCUGCUGCUCGGUGCGGUCGGAGUUCCGUUGUCUCUUCUUUGUGUUUGCUUUUACUCGAGUAUCUGACAGAAGUACAUUUAUACUACAACGUAGUACAAUGUACACCUUCUGAGAGAGCGCGUCGCUCGUGUUUCUGCUGUGAACACAGAGAAGUGGCUGCAGUGUAGCUUCUGCGCGAGAGAGAAAAGGCAACAAGAGGAGGAGUCGUGUUGGUGAAGAAGAGCUGCUGCAGACGCCAUGGCCACAGCUGAGGUAUGGGAGUGACGUGACAGCGUUCUGGUCCUGCUUCCAAACACAAACCGUGUCAGCCUCAUGCCUCUUCUGCUGAAGUAGUGGCGGAGCAGCAAGAGAAUGGACGAGUCAGUGCUGCUGGAUUUGCUCGAGUGCCCCGUUUGUCUGGAGCGCCUGGAUGCCUCGGCGAAGGUCCUCCCCUGUCAGCACACCUUCUGCCGCCGGUGCCUCCAAGGCAUCCUGGGCUCUCGCGGAGAGCUGCGCUGCCCGGAGUGCCGGACGUUGGUGGAGUGCGCCGUGGACGAACUCCCCAGCAACAUCCUGCUUGUGCGCCUGCUGGACGGCAUCAAGCAGAGGCCUCGGAGGGCCGGUCCCGGGCCGGGGGUCUGCACCACCAACGGGACGUCCGGAGCCGUGUCCCGAGCGCAAGGCGGCGGAGCCAGAGACCAGGGCACCCCGGGAGCACAGCCCCAGCGAGCUCAGGCUAAGAACACCCUUGUGCGGGGCGUGCCCCAGCUCCCCUGUGCCAAGGCACUCUACAACUAUGACGGCAAGGAACCCGGAGACCUCAAGUUCGUCAAGGGCGACGUCAUCAUCCUGCGCCGGCAAGUGGACGAGAACUGGUACCACGGGGAGAUGGGCGGCGUCCACGGCUUCUUCCCCACCAACUUCGUCCAGGUCAUCAAGCCGCUGCCGCAGCCGCCGCCUCAGUGCAAAGCCCUGUACGACUUUGAGCUCAAAGACAAGGAGGCGGACAAGGACUGCCUGCCGUUCUCCAAGGACGAUAUACUGACUGUGAUCCGCAGAGUGGACGAGAACUGGGCAGAGGGAAUGCUGGGAGAUAAAAUUGGAAUUUUCCCCAUCUCGUAUGUUGAGUUUAACUCGGCAGCUCGGCAGCUGAUAGAGUUGGACAAGCCGUCGGACUCCAGCGGAGACUCCGGCGAGGGGGGGGCCUCCUCCUCGGGGCCCCAGAGCAACGGCGCCCAGCGAGCAGGAGAGAAGAAGAACAGCAAGAAGCGACAUUCCUUCACCUCGCUCACCAUGUCCCACAAACCCGUGCUCGCCCCGCCCCCCCAGCGCCACUCCAUGGAGAUCAGCGGGCCGGUCCUCAUCAGCUCCAGCAACCCCACAGCAGCUGCACGGAUCGGGGAGAUCAGCGGGGGGCUGUCCUGCAGCGCGCCUUCACAGGUACACAUUUGCACAACCGGACUAAUCGUGACCCCGCCCCCUAGUAGUCCUGUUACCACAGCAACGGUCUUCACGUUUCCCUCGGAGACGAGCUACACGUCCAUCUCCGUGGAUGCUCUCCCGCCACCCCCACCUCCUCCCCCGCAGUCCUCCGUCGAUGGAGCGGCGUAUUCAUUGGCUGCCGGACAGAGACCCUCCCCCAGCAUAAGCGACCAAAGUGGGAGACAAAGACCCACAGUCUACGUGGCCAUGUUCCCCUACACUCCCCGUAAGGAGGACGAGCUGGAGCUGAGGAAGGGCGAGAUGUUCCUGGUGCUGGAACGCUGUCAGGACGGCUGGUUCAAGGGCACCUCCAUGCACACGGGCAAGAUCGGAGUGUUCCCCGGGAACUACAUGAGCCCCGUCAGCAGGACGGGGUCAGGGAGCACUCAGCCCAAAGUGCCCAUGAGUCUGUGCACCCAGGCGGGCCGAGGGGUCACCAUCGUCAGCCCCUCUUCUGCGGCCCUGGGGGCCAUCGUUCCGGGUCCCGAUUUCAACAAGCCCCUCCCCGUCUGCUCCAGCGCCGUUCCUGCCAACUCGCAACCCGCGGCCAUGGUGACGGCGGCUCAGACGGCCACGGGUCAACAGCCCAAAGUCCCUCUGCACGUCGGCUCCCAGAUGACCGUGAAUCAGGCUCGCAACGCGGUCAGGACCGCUGCAUGUCACAGUCAGGACCGGCCCACAGCUGCUGUGACUCCCAUCCAGUCCGCUACACCUGUGACGUAUCUGCCACACCUGGUGUUGUGCCAGCAGCCUUCCUCCUCCGGUCCCGCCCAGUGCUGCUCCCGGGCGGCCGCGGCGAUGGGCUGUGCCGCCGCGUCUCUGACUCCCCCUAAUGUCAGCGCUGCAUCCCUGGAGGGUGACGCUCUGAGACCCGGGGCCGUCCUCGCCGGCUCGGGGAACAAUCCCACAUCCAACAGCUCGGCUCUCGCCAGCCGACUGGACAAAGACGUCAAGAGAGAAAAGAAAAGCCUCCUGAAGCUGUUGUCCUCCAACAAGAAGAAGUCUCGUCCUUCGCCGCCCUCCUCUCCGACCCUGGAGGCGGAACAAGCUGCUGCUGCUGCUGCUGGAGAGGCGCUCCACGACUCCUCCCCUCCCUCCGGCUCCGGCGGCCCCGAGCCCGAACCUGCUGCUGUAUCUUCUGCCUUCUCGUCCUCCUCGGUCCCAGAGUCCUCCCACCGGAAGAGCAGCCCCCUGGAUGGAUGCGCCCCCAUCGCUCCUCCUCCUCGCCAGCCGUGCUCCUCUCUCUUAUCUCAGCAGCACGACGCGAGGCCCAUCAUCUGUGAGAGGUACAGAGUGGUGGUGUCGUAUCCCCCCCAGAGCGAGGCGGAGCUGGAACUCAAGGAGGGCGACAUUGUGUUCGUUCACAGGAAGAGGGAGGACGGCUGGUUCAAGGGCACGCUGCAGAGGAACGGCAGGACCGGACUGUUCCCCGGCAGCUUUGUAGACAGCAUCUAACACACACACACACACACACACACACACACACACACACACAUGGUCACUGGCCUCACUGCGGUGCGUCACCGUGCAAAACCAAAACGGAUCAGCGCUCGCGAGGUUUGCCGAGACAGGACCUUCAUUUUGACACUUUAACUCCUUUAGAGAACGAACGCUGUUGGCACAUGAGAGAGAGAGAGAGAGAGAGAGAGAGAAGAACAGAACAGAACAUGUUGUCAUUGAAAAGCACAGUGGACAGAGUUAGGUACGGAAGCCCUGAACGGACAUUAUUGAAACAUUGUGUUUAAUGUCGUUGUCUUGAGAUCACCAGGUGUUUAUGUCUUCAUCACGAGUAAACCGAAGGAUGAAGAUGUUUGGGUCAAAUCAUCCGACGGAGACCUUUAGUGAAGUCAGUGGAGAGAGAUUCACGUGUGACAACGUCCGGUUUUCAAAAUAAGGUGUUAACAAAGACUACAUAAAUAAAUACAUUAUAUUCUGAAGAAGUAUAAAGAAAUGUUAUCUGUGUUGCUUAUAAAUGAACAAGUCAAUACCACUAAAGUGUGAGGGAAACGACUUUAUUUGAUUUUUGUGUUGCUGGAAAAAUUAUCUCUGAAACAUACAGUCAGUUAUGACAUUUUCCAAAGUAAAAGUCCGACAUUUCUAGAAUGAAAUAGCUACAUUUUUUAACUUGAGGUGCUAUAAAAACACACAUUGCUCCGUAAUUGCUGACAUUUGACUUCUUCUCUGACUACAUACAUACUGAAAAGAAAUGUAUUUCACGGUAGAAAUGUCGGACUUUUACUUUGGAAAAUAUGUGAAUUGAUCAAAUUCUUGAAGUUUUUUUUAUGUCUUCAACUCAAAUGCAUCAUUGUCACAGAAAUUAUUAUUUUUCCAGCAGCCAAACAUCAAAGAAUAAAGACAUUUCUCUCAUAGUUUUGUGAUAUUUUUAAUUUAUUAGUGACACAGGAAACAAGCUUUUAAAUAUAAUCCCUUUCUUCUUAUUUCUAUAUAUGCAUUUUGUUUACACCUUAUUUUGAAAACAGGAUGUAGUCACGCGUAUCUCUGUCAGCUCGUCUGAGCCGUUUUAAAUCAAUCGCAGUCGGACUGAUUUGAUCCAAACAUUUAAAGUUAUAACAGAAAACAACCGUUUUUAUUUUCAAGAAAUGAAUAAAUAAUCAUCUCAAGACGGCAGUUUUCUCAAGAUAACGAUAUAAAACAUAAAAGAGUGUUUGAAUCGUGUCCGUUCAGGGCUUCCGUAGUCAGCACACUACUCAUGAACUUUUUCCUUUUUUUUUUUUGUUGGUUAUUUAUAUCUUUAACAAUUCAGCUGUUUAAAUGUGUGCCUUGUACUGUUCCUCACUUUAUUGUACAUAAAGGACACAAAGAUGAUUAGUCCUAAAAACAACCAGUAUGAGCUGUUGAUAUAGAUAUGUUACACACUUUAACUUAUUUCAUAGAUCGGCCUUUUUUCUUUCUUUUUGUAGUAGUGCAACACAUUAAGGGGGUUCAGCUGCCACCAGCCUUAUUUGACCUCAUCGGUUACACCUUUACUCCCUCAGACUGAUUUCAGUCGGUCUGUCAGAGGCACCGAGAACAAAUGAGCCGAGGCUCCUCGUGUCGAAGGAAAAACAGAUAUUUCUCUAUUUCUAAAGGCAUCAAAAAUGUUUCCGUGGUGCGUUCACAGACCUCCAGUUGCUGAGUAAACUGUUACCUGCAGUGAUCAAAUAUGCGCAUGUGAUUAGCAAAUAACCUCCUGCGGAAGACAAAGUGGUGUCAGAUGUGUUGCAGUUUGGUUAAUGCCUUUAUUCUAUUUUUAUUUUAAACACACUCCAAGACGGACGUUGCAGUCUAAAUAUUAGCUUACUUUGUACCUUUCUUUGUAUUUAGCGACCUGCGUAGCUCCUCUCAGACGUAGCUCUACAUCACGAGAGCGAACACAUCGCUGUGUAUUUAUGUUAGCAGCUGAUUCAGCAGGCUCACAGUUUUAUUUGUACACUAGAACUCAUUCCUGAAGGCACUCGUGGCAACAAAAGACCCAGCUAGCUAAAGCACGGAAUGUUUGCCUCAAGUCGGACGAACUCCACGGGAAGAGACGGGGAACUCUGUCUCAUCUCUGAAACGUGAGCUGUUAUUGAAAUCCAUCUCUUUGUUUUUCUUGAUUUCUGCGGUUGGGUUUUUUUUUUUUUUUUGUACAUUUACUUCCAUAAAAAGUUCUUAAAGUUGAGUAUCGUAUUGACUUGAAUUAAGAUGUCUGUUGAUUUGAGGGGAUUUUUUUUGGUGCUUGUUGAAACAUAAAACAAAAAAGAAAUGAACAGUUUUAGAAUGAGUGAGAUCCGAUCAAAUCUCUCAACGUGUGAUGAAAUACUUCAAAAUAAAGGUAUUCUUAUUAGGAAUGAACAUUAUCGCCUCAGUGGACCCCACGACAUUUCAUGUAAUGCGACUUAUUGAUCUCCUGUGAGGUAUUUAAACACUUUAAAUCACUGAAUCGUGCCAAAUCUGGCUUUUGAGAAUGAACUUCCUGACUGACUUGGCCUUUUUCUUUGUUGUUGUUAAUUGAGGGGGACCACUGUGUAACUGACUGCUGGAAUAUGUUGUAGUUUGUUUGUGUGUGGAAAAGGAUGGUACAAAUCACUGUUUGGGCCUUUUUCUUUAUUUUCUUUUGUUUUUCUGAAUUCAUGUAGAAUUAAUCUGACGUUGUCUUGGCACCGCACCGACCUCCGGCUCUGUGCUCGUCUGUCUCAUUUCACUGGUUCGCCUUUUAAUACUCACGUUAUGCAGAUGCACACGUUCAUGCACUAUCGAGACAAACCUAAUCGUACUGACUCCUCCUCCGGAUUGUUUGUGUAAAAGCUGCACACUUCUCAAAAACAUGGAGCGUUUGUUAACAGUCGAUAAACUCUAUUUCAUUGGAACACACUUUGUGUUCAACUUAACGGAUUCUCCUCAUGCCAAGGUGACUUACUUGAUUUAUUUUGUGUCUGUCUGUAGUUAGUCUGUAUGUCUGAAAAUGGUGAAACUGAAAUUUGGCACAAAUCUAUUAUGUGAAAAACAUUCUGAAGUAUUUGAGGGAAUAGCACAUUUUGUAAAAGAAAAUCUAUAACAAUAAAAGCUAAUGGUUUCCAUAA